GAUGUUUCCAGGCGCCGUGGAGGCGAGCGGGUCAAAGCGGGUGUCUUCCCCGUGUGGGAGUGUCGUGAGCGUGAGAUUUCCUACCAUCGUGUCCGCUGGGGGGUCUCACUAACCAGACAGAGACAGGAUACGUAAAUGCAUGUAUUGUUUUAUCUAUAGUUGGCUUUAUAGCAUCUACCAUGCUGACCAUGCUCCACUCUUCAAUCACCCUCCUCCACCCACAAUGUUACAGUCAUUAGUUGUGUAGGUGCGUAACGACGCGCUUUUACAUUUCAGUCCACUGCGUCCGGCGGCAAUCUUACUUUCGAUGCAUGAGAGUUUGAGGAUUUCAGCCUCUAAGCAGAAUCAUUUGCAUUAUGGCUUCGGAUAUAGAAAGGAACAGACAGCGUUUGAAACAGCUUGUGGGCAAACCUGGGAAUGGAAACUGUGCCGACUGCGGAGCUGCAGAUCCGGAGUGGGCAUCUUACACCCUGGGUGUGUUCAUGUGUCACAGCUGCUCAGGCCUCCAUAGAAACAUUGCACAGAUCAGCAAAGUGAAAUCUCUUCUGCUGGAUCCAUGGAGCAAGUCCGAGGUGGAGUUUAUGGACUCUGUGGGUAACAAUGCUGCCAAGGCCAAAUAUGAACAGAUAGUUCCCGCGUUCUACUACCAGCCCACACAUAAAGACUGCAUGCUCCUGCGGGAACAAUGGAUCCGAGCCAAGUACGAGAGGAAGGAGUUUAUGUGUGUGGAGAGGCAGGAGCCCUACUCGGCAGGCUACAGAGAGGGGUUUCUAUGGAAACGAGGCAGAGACAACGGACAGUACCUCAGCCGAAAAUUUAUUCUGUCUGAACGGGAGGGUGUUUUGAAGUACUUCAACAAGCAUGAUGCCAGAGAGCCCAAAGCGAUAAUGAAGAUCAAUACAGUGAAUGCCACUUUCCAGCCAACAAAAGUUGGCACUGCCCAUGCCCUCCAGAUAACGUAUUUAAAGGACAACAGCACUAGGAAUAUCUUUUGUUACCAUGAGGAUGGGAAGGAAAUGGUGGACUGGUUCAAUGCCAUCAGAGCAGCCAGGUUUCACUACCUGCAGGUGGCUUUCCCUGGAGCUCUCAUAUCUGAUUUGUUGCCAAAGCUAACCAGAAACUACACAAAGGAGGGUUAUAUGGAGAAGACUGGUCCAAAGCACACUGAGGGCUUCAAGAAGAGGUGGUUCACAAUGGAUGACAGGAGGCUCAUGUACUUCAAAGAUCCACUGGACGCCUAUGCACGAGGUGAGGUGUUCAUCGGUAGUAAGGAAAACAGCUACACUGUGCUCCCUGGCCUCCCCCCCAAUAUUCAGGGCUACCACUGGCAGUUCGGAAUCACCAUAGUAACCCCAGACAGGAAGUUCCUUUUUGCGUGCGAGACUGAAGAAGAUCAGAAAGACUGGAUUGCUGCAUUUCAGACUGUUAUCAACCGACCAAUGUUGCCUCAGGAGUAUGCAGUGGAGGCCUAUUUUAAGCACAAACCGUGAAUUGUAUUAGUGUUUGAAGAACUAUUCGUACAGGAUGAGGAGUAUGAAGUGGAGCUGGAGGAAGAGGUGAAGAA